ACCGGCAAUGACGUUUACGGAAGCCCAUCCUGAGGCGGGAAGUGGAAGGUUUAAGUUUACGUAAAUAAAAGUGACAUGUGAUUUUAAAAAAAAUGGACAAACCGGAUAAAGCAGCCGGCGACAGGAAGCGUCCCCCGCCAGUGAAGGUCCUCGCCAGCCAGUUGAGAACAGCAAAGUCCGGCGAGCCGAGCGGUUCCGGCUGGGUCGUCGGCCUGACACGGGCUCGCUGCCUGCCGGUGUCGCUGGUAUGGAUGCAGGGCACGGUGCUGGAAGUCCAGCUGGAGCUCGACAGUUUACUGCUCAUGGACGAAACGGGAACGUUCGCCGUCCACGGCGUGAAUAGUAUCCCCAAAGGGAAGCCAUGUUUGUCCUCAGGUAAAUAUGUGAUGGUGAUGGGUGCCGUCCAGGAAGUCUCCCCGGAGCCAGUCAUCCGCGCCGUGAAGAUAGCCGAUCUCUCCGAACAGGCGGACCUUCAUAGGAGGAUGUGGAAGCUGGAAGUGGAGGACUUGCAGCAGGUGUUGGCGCCAUGACAAUUAAAGGCGGGUCUCAUUGGUUGAGCAGGAUGGAGCCUAUCCCAGCUGACUUUUGGCUGGGAAUACAGUUAAUUACAGGACACAUAUACACAAACAUGCACAUCUGAGGUCAAUUUAGUUAGCCUAAAAUGCUAACUUGGGAAUGUGGAAGUAGGAGAAAACAUGCACCCUCCCCAGUCUUAUGUCAUUCUGUGAUCAGGCUACUUCCUGGAUGCUUCUCCGAGAUCCCAUCUCCCCGCAAGUUUGAUUCCAACCCAGAUCUCCAAUACCAAAAAACCUAAAUAUGCCUUUUUUGGUUGUUAAGGAGGAAACAAACAUACCUUUUUAGAUGUACUCAAAAAAAAAAAAACUUUAUUUGGUGUGGUGCUGGUUAUACUGGUAAUAUGAGACAGCUGUUACGUGAUGUAUGUUGAUGGAUUAAAAUAAAUGUCAUAA